UAAAGUGUUCUCGAUAUCAAAAAUAAGGUGAAAAAUAUUUAGAAAAAUUAAUAUUUUGUGUUUCUACUUGUGUAUAUGGAAAUAUGGACUAUUACAUUGUGAAACAAUUCAAACCAAAAACCUUAAUAAAUAUUAUUGGAAUUGGAGUAUUUGUAUAUGGAUGCGUUUUUACAGUAUUGUCCUGCAUAUUUGAUUGUGAUGUACAGCUAGGAUUUUUACAGAUAUUAGGAAAAUCACCUCGACGUUUGAAAGGCAAGGUUGCUUUUAUUACUGGAGCUUCGAGUGGUAUCGGAGAGCACACAGCUUAUGCCUUGGCUAGACAUGGAGUUAAGCUGGUAUUGGCUGCCAGAAGGAACCUAGAAUUGCAAAGAGUGAAACAACAGUGUAUUGCGAUUUCCGGUGGCAAAUUACAAGAGCAGGAUGUUUUGGUUAUCCCCAUGGACGUCCUGGAUAUUUCCUCACACAAAAUGCACUUUCAGCAUGCAAUUAGACAUUUUGGAACAGUAGAUAUUUUAAUAAACAAUGCAGGCAGGUCACAAAGGGCCAUUUUUGACACGAUCGAUCUAAGUGUAGACAAACAAUUAUUUGAACUGAACGUAUUUUCUAUUUUGAAUUUUACAAGGGUUGCACUGGAGCAUUUCAACAAAAAAGGCGAGGGACAUAUAGCCGUCAUGACCAGUAUGGCUGGUGUAAUGGGUGUUCCAUUCUCUGCCUCGUACACAGGUAGCAAGCAUGCUCUUCACGGCUAUUUUAACUGUCUGAGAACAGAGAAAAUCGGUAAAAAUAUCCAUGUAACAUUAUUGUGUCCGGGUCCCGUGUAUACGCCAUUUUUGACAGAAGCCUUUACAGAUAAAGAUGGACAGAAAUAUAACGUACCCGCUCAAACAACUGACAGAAGAAUGACAGCUAAACGGUGUGGCGAACUCAAUGCCAUAGCUAUAGCAAACAAAGUCAGCGAAGCAUGGUUGGGUGUGUUUCCAAUGAUCCCUAUAGGAUAUUUUGCUGUAUAUUUCCCAGUUUUAUUCUCUACGUGUUUGAAAGUACUGGGCCCUCAAAUAAUGUUCAAGCUGAGAGAUAGUAAAGAGACAGAACUUGGAGAGAUACAAAAGGAUGCUUAAUUUUUAUCUCUGGUGGUGGAAAACACUAUAUUUCAGCACUGAUUUUCCUUUUAGCACCUUAAUUCUAGAGAGUAAGGUUAUUUUGGGUACUAAUUUAACAAAAAACACUAUUUUUACAAAUAAAUUUACAAAACUAAGACUCA